UUGGCUCUCCAGCACUUGGCAGCCAGCGGCGGGCGGGCACCUCCCCACGCUGGCGUCCGCCAGGCAUUGCUGAAAGACGCAAUGUUUAGCCCCAGAGGAACCUUGCCCCCGAGGCCUAGAGGACCCAACCCGUCGGGCACCAAAACCCCGGCAGCUUUCGGGGCCAGAGGCGCGGCGGGGCCGCCCAGGAAAGCCGCGCCCGCGACGCCCCAAGGAGCGCCCCAGAGAUUGUUGGGGCAGGACGCGCUGCAGUGGACGGGUUCGCAGAGGAUCAACGUCCGCGUCACGCUGCACAGGGCCGAUCCCAGGAAAGUCAAGGAGAAGACCAGCCUGCACCAGGAGCAGAAGGGAGACCCGCGUGCCAGUCGCUGGGAUGGCGGCCCCUGCCCCGCCGGCACCGCCGGGCCGAAGCCGCUCAUCCCGGCGCCGGUUUUGGAGCAGAGUUCCAACCCCCAGAACCGCUACACGCCCGAAAGCGCCUCCAGCAUUUUAGCGAGCUUCGGGCUGUCCAACGAAGACCUGGAGGAGCUGAGCCGCUACCCCGACGACCAGCUGACGCCGGAGAACAUGCCGCGGAUCCUGCGGGAGAUCCGCAUCCGGAAGAUGGGCCACGCCACGCCCGGCCUGCACGCUCCGAGCCGGGGGGAGGAGCCGGUGGGCGAGAGCAGCGGCGCCGUCGUCAAGGGCAAAGUGAUCGACUACGGCCACGCCAGCAAGUACGGCUACACCGAGGACCCGCUGGAGAUCUGCACCUACAACCCCGAGGCGCUGCCCGAGGAACCGCUGGAAGCGCGCGUCUACACUCCUGAAAGCUCGAGCGCGGAGAACCGGGAAGAAUUCCAGCGGGAGCAGAGCGUGCCGGUGGCCGGCCCGCCGCCCAACGUGCCGUGCAGCCCCGUGUUCCCGGCCGAAGACCUCAUCAAGCUGCCGGCCUUCCCCGCCGAUUCCUCGCCCGCUCCGACGUUUUUCCCGGCCGAGCCGCCGGCCAAGGUGCAGGUGCUGUGCGGCGCCGUGCCCGCCGCGCUGCCGGUGGUGAAGCCGGUGUCCCAGCCGCCCGUGCCGCCGGUGCUGCCGCCCAUCCUGCCGGCGCUGCUGCCCACGCCGCUGCCGCAGCCCCUGCUGCCCCCGGUGAUGCCGCCGCUGGUCCAGCCGCCCGUGUCCCAGCACGUGUUGCCGACCUUGACGCCGCCGCCCUUCUCGGCCGGGCUCCUGGCCGCCAUCAGCCAACACGAGCAGAAGCAGCGCGACACCGGCGGCCCCCAUCCCGCGCCCGGCACCUCCGGCGGGUCCUCGGCGGGACACAAACCCUUCCACAAACCCUUCCACAAACCCUUCCACCCGCCGGCACAGGAGCCCAUCAAAUCCCCGUUCGGGGUGGUGAAGGCGUCCUGGCUACCCGUGUUCCCGGACCAGAAGAGCAAACACCUGCCCACCCCGUCCAUGAUGAACGACUACUAUGCCACGUCGCCGCGAAUAUUCCCACAUUUGUGUUCUCUGUGUAACCUUGAAUGCACUCAUAUGAAGGACUGGAUCCUGCACCAGAACAACCCCGCCCACCUCGAGAGCUGCCGCAGGCUGCGCCAACAAUAUCCCGAGUGGAAUCCUGAGGCUCACUCCUCCAACAGGCACGCCGCGGAGCGCAAGGAGAACCGCACGCCGCGCCGCCGCUCGGCCUCGUGCAGCCCCGGCCGCUCCCCGUCCCGCCGCCGCUGCCGCGGCCCCCGGCCCCGCGGCGCCCUCAGAGGCAGCCCCAGGCCCCGGAGAUCGCCCGGCACCGCCCGCCGGCCCGGCCGCGCCGCCGAAGGCCGGGCCGCUCUCGAGGCCGUGGUUCGCUCGCUCGGGCCGCGCUUCCUGGCCGAGUUCCAGCGGCAGCGCGGCCUGCAGGGGGCGCUGCAGGAGCCGCCGCCCGCCAGGGGCGCCCCGAACCCCAAAAAAACCCCAAAAGCGGCGCCGCGGGACGGAGCCCCCGAGAGCCCCGCCAACCCCAAAAAAACCCCAAAAGCGGCCUCAAAGGAUGGAGCGCCCGAGAGCCCCGCCAACCCUAAAAAAACCCCGAAAGCGGCGACAAAGGACGGAGCCCCCGAGAGCCCCGGGGGGACCCCAAAAAUGGAGCGGGGCGAGGAGCAGCCCGGGAAGAGCCAGCCCUACAACAGGCUGCUGCGGGAGGAGCUGCUGAGCUGCGGGACCGUGCUGCAGCUCUCGGAGCUGCCGGAUUCGGGAUUUUCCGAGCAGGACAUCAAGCGGCUGCUGCAGCCCUUCGGCAAGGUCAGCGACCUCAUCGUGCUGCGCUCCCGCAACCAGGCCUACCUGGAGAUGAACUACCGCGAGGCCGUGCUCGCUGCCGUCGCCUUCGCGGAGACGGCGCCGCUGCUGCUGAACGGGAAACGCGUCCGCGUCAGCGUGGCCGAGGGAGCGCAGGAGAGGAAGGCCGUGAGGAAACGACUCCUGACCCCCAAAAAGGCCCCACCCAGCACCAGGAAAGUCGGCGGCGCCAGGAGCCCCAGGGCCCCGACGGAAAAAAAGGAAAAAGUGAAGAAAAUUCCAGGGGAGAAAAAAGUGAAGAAAACGUCGAGUGUGGGAGGAAAAUCAGCGGCCGAAGAUUCCGGGCUGGAAAUUCCGGGAUCAGACCCCAAAAAUUCCAACCCCAAAAAUUCCAACCCCAAAAAUUCCAACCCCAAAAGUUGCCCCGAGGUGGAGGAGGCCGGGAGAGCCCCCGAGGCAGGGCCAGGGUCGAGCUGCUCCUUUUCCCCAUUUUCAGAGCUUCCAGCGAGUGAGGAAUCCACGGAGCCAGGAGGGAAGGCCGGCUCCCCCGAGCCCAGCCGCGUGCUGCUGCUGUCCAACCUGCCGGCCAAGGGCUGCGGCCACCAGGACAUCGCCGGCCUGGCCCGGCCCUUCGGGGGCCUGCGCGACCUCCUCGUGCUCUCCUCCCACAAAAAGGCCAUCCUGCAGCUGGACAGCCCCAAAUCCGCGCGCUCCAUGCACAGCUUCCUGCAGCAGUAUCCUUAUUCCAUAGGGGAGCACACACUCACCUGCUCCUUGUCCUCCCACAGAGACCUUCCUGAGGCUGAAACCGGGAAAAGGGAAGUGAAGAGAGAGGAUGGGAGCAAAGGAAGCUCUGCCUUGAAAAAAAUUCCAGAGGCAUCGGGAACGCUGCAAAAAACAGCUGGAAAUCCAUCGGGAGAGGCCAGGAAAGGCCAAAUUCCCACCUCAAAUGUCCCGGAGGAGAUUCCAACGGGACAACUGGAGAUUCCCGAGGCGCAGCCAGGAGGAGCAACGAGGGAAUCGCCCUCAGGGAUGGACAUGGAGGGAUCGGAUCCUGGAAUUCCCGUGGAUCCUGCUGGCAGCAAAUCGCCCGGAGCGAGGUCGGAGGAGAAACCGGCGCCGCUUUCCGGAGCGGGGACGGACGUAGCUCGGGAUGAGCCGGAGCUGGAAAUCCAAAAGGAGGAUGAGGAACCCUCUGCUCCCGCCGUGGAACCUCCGGAAUCAUCCAGCAAGGCGAUGCCGGCAGCCGGAGGAACGCCGGGAGCCAUCCCUGGAACGUCCCCGAGCUCGGAGGAGGCUCCCGCGGUGUCACCCGCUGUCACCCAGCCCAGCACGGAGCCGGCUGCUCCGGAGAAAACUCCUGUUCCCGAGGCUGGGAAAAGCAGCCGUGAAACGUCCACGGAGAGGAAAGCUGUCCCAAAAACUGUCCCAAAAACUGUGGAAGCUCCAGGGAAAAAAUUGGAUGUGACUGGAGCAGAGAGAGAGGCGACGGCGGAGGAAUCCGUGCUCAAAAUCGGGCAAAAUCCAGGGAAGAUUUGGGGCAAGGCUGGGACAGGGCUGGAGAAAACACCUGGAAAAACACCAUCCAAGGGUGGGGAAAACUCUGGGAAUGCUGUUGGUGAGAUCCGCGUGGGAAAUUUGGUUAAAAUCCCACAAAAUAAAGGGAUGGGAGCUGCAAAAUCCAACGUAAAUCCCGCUGCAUCCCUGAAGGAUUCUUGCAUUGGGAAAACCCUUUUGAAGGCAGUGGUGUCCGUCCCGGACAUCCUGAAGCAGAGAAUUCCCAUCAGGAUCACCGAGCCUUCCCUGGGAAGAGCUGGGGAGCAGAAAAUCCCUCCCAAAGCAGGGCUGGAGAAGAAAAUCCCACCCAAAACCACGGCUCAGCCGGGAACUGGGAGCAGCCAAUGGAAAGGGAACGGAAACUCCGGAGUGGAUGCACAGGGAGACGGCGGGAAGAGCUCAUCCCAGCAGGAAAAGGAUUCCCAGCUGGAAUCUCGGGCGAGUUCGAAGCAGAGCCAGCAGGGAGAGAGUGGAACAGCUGGCACGAGGGAGGAUCCCAGCGGGAAUCAGGCUCCUGGUGGGAGUGGUGCUGCAGCUGGGAAAAACGGCACCGGCAGCGCUGGAAAACAGAAGGAGGAGGAAGAGCUCUUCCCGUUUAACCUGGACGAGUUCGUCACGGUGGACGAGGUGCUGGAGGAAGCCGAGUCUCCGGUGAUGCCGCGGCGGAACCCCCCGAGGGGGAAGAGAAAAGAAGCUCCCAAAGCCAACCCUUCGGAGCCGGCGUCCAAGAAGAGGAAAGGGAAGAGUUGCGGAGCCGAAGGUGAGCUGUCCUUUGUCACCUUGGAUGAGAUCGGGGAGGAGGAGGACGCCCCGGUGCCGCUGCCGGGCGUCGACCCCCGGGGCCUGGUGGUGGUGGAUGAGGUGGUGGAAGAGGAGGAGCUGUCGGACGCGGUGAAGGACCCGCAGGCGCUGCUGACGCUGGAUGAGAUCUCGGAGCAGGAGGAGCCGGGCUCCCACAGGAACGGGCCCCGGGUGGAAUUUGAGGAGCGGGAUCUGAAGGCUGAGCCCUUGGUGACCGUGGAUGAGAUCGGGGAGGUGGAAGAGCUGCCCCUCAACGAGCCCGCGGAGCUGAGCGCCGCCGAGGAGGGAAAAACCAAUCCCGGGGAUUGCGCGGCCUCCCAGGUGCCCGAUGAUCCCAACGCCUUGGUGACCGUGGAUGAGAUCCAGGAGGACAACGAGGACAAUCCUCUGGUGACUCUGGAUGAGGUUAACGAGGAUGAGGAUGAUUUCCUGGCCGACUUCAAUCACCUUAAAGAGGAACUGAACUUUGUUACAGUCGACGAAGUAGGCGAUGAGGAAGAAGAAAACACUUUCCCAGGGAAGAACCCGCCCGAGGAUGAAGAUGACGAAGAUAUUGUUGCUGUUGCAGGACCAGAAGAAAUGGGAAUUCUAGGAGAUACAAAUCCAGAGGAUGAAAUGGCUGAAAUCUCCAAGCCAAAAGCAGCUCAGAUGGGAUCAGAAGAUGCAGAACCAAAGUCUCAGCAGAAGAAAACGACUUUUCCAGGUGUCCCCAAGACGCAGAGCACUCCCAAAGCUCUGGACAUCCUGGUCCCAAAGGCCGGAUUCUUCUGCCAGAUCUGCUCCCUCUUCUACGCCGACGAACCCUCCAUGAUCAACCACUGCAGGACCUCCCUGCACCGGCAGAACAUGGAGAAAUUCAUGGCCAAGCAGCAGGACAGCGGCGGGGAGGAGCCGAGCUCCAGGUGAUGGAGCUUCCCAGGAGCGACACUUCGGGGCCAGUCAGUUCUGUGUGUUUGGAUUUCCUUUGGCAUUCGGGGUCGGGAAGGAACAUCCAUGGUGUAAAAAAUCGGAGCUGGGAACAGACUAAACCCAAAGCAGGAGAGGGUUGGAUUUGCAUCUCCGAUCAUCCGACGUGGGAGGGACUGUUCCAGGUGUCUCCAGAAAAUAAAUGUUCUUACUGUAUAGUUACCCCAA